UUUACAUUAAUAGAGAGUAUUAUUCUUUAAACUCUUAAUAUUACUUGUUUGUGAAACAGGUUGGACCGGUGGGAUGAGGCAACAGUAUGAGAUUCAACAAGGCUCACUACUGAUGACGCUGUCUACAGCCUGCUUGUGCUUGUAGACUCGGAAUGUACUGGUGGCUCAGGAAAAGGAACUGUAAGGAGGACAAAGACGCUGAGAGUCAGAGAGAUUUUCAGAUAUAUUUUUCAAAGAGCAUACAACAUUCAGGGCAGAAACUGCACUACGAGAGUGAGGUGGUGUUGUGGCUGGUGGACAAGCUCCUCCAUGCUUCCCGAGAGCAAUUGUCGAAGAGUUUCUUCCCAGUGCUGGAACAAGCCAUCGGGGUGGACAGCACCUUUGAAAGCCAGAGUCCCCAUGAAGAUGAUGCUGUCUGCAGCCUGCUUGUGCCUCUGGAUCCCCCCCGUGGGCACGCCUUCCACCUGGAGGUGGGCACUGUGGGCCAGAUGCUGGCGGACUCCUGCAUCCGUGUGGAACUGGUGUGCACAUGCAAGACUGAGGAGACAGUGGGGGACAUGCUGUGCUUCCUUCAUCACCCUGAGGAGGCGCUGAGGAAGAAUCAGAAGCCCAGCCUCCUACACACCCUCUGCACCGGCUCCUACCUAGAUGUGCAGCAGACUGCCCUAUGGUUUCAGGACUUUGUGACGCCAGCCUGGGAGUUUGUGCCUCAGUCACAUCACUACAGGAUGAAGGUGCUGCCCUCCAGCCGCUCCUGCAAGCUGCAGCUGACACAUGUCUCUGGGAGAACCUUGCUCGUCGAGAUGAUGCUUGGCGUGCAGCAAGGCGACUCAGACAUCUUUGUGAGCAGCCAGGCUACAGAGGCUGUCUGCACCCCAAGAACAACACGGGCACUGAGCUUCAGUGUGGCAGAGGCAGAGUUCUUCUGGCUGAUGGCCAAGCAGGUCCCAAGUGACAGCUGCCACCUCAGCUGCCUGCAGCUCUGCACCCACUUCCUGGUGGGCACUGCCCUUUCUUCCCAUAUCUUGGGGACAGUGGUGAUGCACCUCCUGACUACCAUGCCCCUGGCAGGCUGGCACAGGAGCUGUUUCCCAGAACAGUUGGACGAAAUCAUGUGGUACCUGGACCUUUGCUUGGAGAAGAGAUGCCUUGACCACUUCUUUGUUGACAAUGAUGACCUGUGUGAGGAGAUAACCUUGCCCCAAGCCUUGCAAAGAGCUGUACCACUCAACCUCUUGCAGCACCUGGUGUACGAUCCAGCUGCCCACAAGCGGGCAAUGCGUGAGCUGAAGGAGCUGAAAAGUCUGCUUUCAAUACAGCUCUUCUACAGGCACUGA